GUGAUACUCAGAGAGACCAUGAGCCCUGAAAAACACCAUAUUGUUUUGUGAUGUCACCUCUGGAAUGUUCUGAGUGUUUUGGUGACCGACUCCUGCACAGGACCUAUACCCGGCACCUAACACUGCUAUGGCUUUUUACUUGAGGUAGAAGUAAUAAUCUUAGCAAAGCACUCAAGGCCAAAUUUUACAAGAAAAAGAGAUACCAGGUCUGAAAGCCUAGAAAUUCCCAUCAACGUGGUUCUCCCUCAGUCAUCGUCUCGGUCGCUCUCUAUAAACAAAGAAAAUGUCACACGUUGUCCCUUCAUUGCUGAACUCUACAACAAACUCCCUGAAACAGAGGGGCACAGCCGAGCCUUUCCUGAGGCUCCACAACCUGUACCCCAGCCCGCGCUGCGCCAGGCAGGCCGCCCUGCCCAGGCUGAGCCGCAGAGUGACCAGCCAGCACUCCUACCCGCUGAAUCGCUUCUCCUCCGUGCCCUUGGACCCCAUGGAGCGCCCCACCUCGCAGGCGGACCUCGAGCUGGAUUACAACCCUCCGCGAGUGCAGCUCAGCGACGAGAUGUUCGUCUUCCAGGACGGGCGCUGGGUGAACGAAAACUGCCGCCUGUACAGAGAACUGUACUUCUCUCCGUCGUCCUCUUUCCACCACAAGCUGCACCACAAGCGGCUCGCCAAGGAGUACCUGCUGCAGGAGGAGAACAAGGCGCUGCGCGAGGAGAACAAGGCGCUGCGCGAGGAGAACAGGACCCUCCGCAAGGAGAACAGGAUCCUGCAGGUCUUCUGGGAGGAGCGCAAGGCCACGCUGGGCCGGGAGGAGAGCAGGGCCGCCUCGCCGCUGCUGCACAAGGACAGCGGGGCCCUGGAGGUGGCGAAGGACGCGGCCUUGCAGAUGCACCGCCUCCAGGAGGACAGCGGCCUGCAGCUCCUCAGGGAGGAGAACAGGGCCCUGCGACAGCGGCUGGAGCAGAGGAAGGCCUACUGGGGCCCGGCGGAGGAGAAGGCGGGCCCCGGGGAGGAAAGCACGGCGGUCCCCUCGGCCCACGAGGAGCUCCACGGCCCCGGGCUGCUGCCGGACCAGGGCACAGGCCUCUCCUCCGCUUUCGAGGAGUCCAAGGGGCCCUCGCCCCCCCAGGACGACUCCAAGACCCUCCGCGUCCUGCGCCAGAUGGUCAGCAACCUGUCCGGGUCUUCCGGGGACGAGGAGAGCAAGGCCGGCCCCGGCCUGGCUGACGGGAGCCAGUCCCUGGAGCUGCUGAGGGAGAUGCACCAGGCGCUGCAGGCCCUGCGGGAGGAGAACCAGAACCUGCAGGUCCUCCGCGAGGAGAACCGGCUGCUGCGGGAGGAGAACAGGGCCCUGCACGCGCUGCGCGAGGAGCACCGCGUCUUCCAGGAGGAGAACAAGGCCCUGUGGGAGAACAAAACGCUGAAGCUGCAGCAGAAGCUGGUCAUCGACACGGUGACCGAGGUCACCGCCCGGAUGGAGAUGCUCAUCGAGGAGCUCUACGCCUUCAUGCCGGCCAAGAGCAAGGACCCCAAGAAGCCCAGCAGGGUCUGAGGCCCCCCCCAGGAGCCCUGGGCACGUGACACCCAGCCAGACAACGUCUCCUGCCUUCCAUUCGUCAUCCCCGCCUCCCCCCACCAGGUGGCCCUCGCGGAAGAGCAGCGCUAUCCUCUUCCUCAACUCAGAGAAGCAAUAAAAGCAUGGGGAGGCCGGCCGGUUAACAUCA